AUGUCGCUGUUUCUUUCAGAAAAGGAGCCCUUGUUGGCAAGGACAAGGAGGUUGGAAGAGGAGAAUGAGAUUUCAACUCACACUUCUCUGUCUCACAUCUUUUUCAAAUCUAUGUUCAAUCCGUUCCAAGCUUGUUUUCCCAUAAAUUUGAUACAAUCAACAAGCAGCACAUUUAUUCAAGAAGGUAAUGAUGUUAUCGAUUACUCAGAUGACGAUGAGCCUUUACCAGAUCUACCAUCUGAGCAAUGUUCCUCUCUCUUGUCUGCACUUAGCCCCGCAGAACGGUUGAUAGCCUUGAGAAAACAAAUGAGGGAACACAAGAUUGGAGUUUAUAUUAUCCCCUCGGAGGACGAGCACCACUCUGAGGAAACUGCAUUAUCUGACAGAAGACGAGAAUUCAUUUCAGGUUUCACGGGAAGCACUGGGGUGGCUAUCGUUACAUUGACUGACGCUGAAUUACUUACAGGGGAAGCAAUAUUAUCAACUGACGGGAGGUAUUUUUUACAAGCGCAAAAGCAGCUAGACCCACAACUCUGGAAAUUGAAUAAACAAAACACUGCCGGGUAUCCAAUCUGGUAUCAGUAUGCGGUCAAAGCAGCUGUAGCGAAUGAUUUCAGUAAUGUUCUUUCAUGUGAUCCAAGAACACUUAGCUUUUCUUUGGGUGAGUUCUUUAGUAAGAGCCCCUCGGAAUUUGAAUUCAGACCCUUGUUUGGAAUUAACCUUGUUGAUGAGGUUUGGGGCUCUGAGAAACCAAAGAGAUCAUUGGGGCCUAUCUAUCUAUGGGAGUUGAAAUACAGUGGGGAGCAUACUAACGAGAAAAUCAAAAGAGUUAAGUCAAUUUUGAAAGAGAGAGGUGGUACACACUACUUGGUGACUGAGCUUGACAGUAUCGCGUGGUUAUUCAACUUGCGCGCUGACACGGAUAUACCUUUUGCUCCAGUAUUUUUCUCCUACGCUAUCGUGACUUUAACUACCGUAACGUUAUAUGUUAAUCAUCAGAAAUUGGAAAAUAGUGGUCCUGAGUUGAAGAAAUAUUUGGCGACCAUUGAAAACUUAACCAUUGCUGGAUAUGAUGACUUUUAUCGGCACGCAUCUCAAUUACAAGCAACUAUUUUUGACCCUGAUUUGAAGAUUGUUCUUCCAACUAAAGAAGCAACCUCUUGGGCAUUGUAUGAUGCAAUUCCAGACUCAUUUAGCAAACGUCAUAUCAUACAUGAAUCAAUCAUUGCAAAUAUCAAGAUUUUCAAAAACAAAACUGAGUCUCACAAUGCGAAGCUUGCCCAGUACAAGGACUCCCUUGCUUUCAUCAUAUUCACGUCAUGGUUGGAACAUCAGUUGAUCAAUAAACACGCAAAAGUUACCGAAUAUGAUGCCUCGCGGAAAAUCUAUAGCAUUAGAAAGAACUUACCCAAUUUUAAAGGUUUAAGUUAUGAAACAAUUUCCCUGACUGGAUCAAAUGCGGCUAUAAUACAUUACGCCCCCACAAAAGAUCAAAAUGACGUCAUCGACCCUCGAAAAGUGUACUUAUUGGACUCGGGAGCACACUACUUAGAGGGAACAACCGAUAUCACAAGAACCUAUCUUUUUGACAAAUCGGCUGCUACUGACGAUCUCAAAAAGUACUACACUCUUGUUUUGAAAGGCCAUUUGGCGGUGGCUAUGGCAAAGUUUCCUACUGGGUCCAAGGGAACAGGAAUUGUGUUGGAUUCGUAUUCUCGCCAACCCUUGUGGAAUUAUGGCCUUGAUUAUGUACAUGGUCUAGGACACGGAGUGGGAAGUUUUGGUUUGGUCCAUGAAGGGCCCUUAUAUAUUCUGCCUACGGUUAACGAUACAAACAAACUUGACUUGUUUCAACCUGGUGCUAUAUUAACCGACGAACCAGGUUACUAUAUUGAUGGAGAAGUUGGAUUUAGAAUCGAGAGUGAAUUGGAAAUAACCGAAUUUGACGAUUCUUUUGGCAAAACCAAGAAAGGUGACAAGUUCUUAGGUUUCAAGUACUUGACAAAAGUCCCAUUUGCCAAGCUGUUGAUUGAUACGAAGUACUUGUCACAAAUUGAGAUACAGUGGAUAAAUGAGUAUCAUCAGAGUAUAAGAGACGAUUUCGGCAGUAAACUACUAGAGUUGAAUAACAGAAGAGCGUAUAACUGGUUGCACAAGGAGACUAGCCCCCUCUCUUGA